CGCUAAUCCAAUCUCGCGUUUCUCUCCGCUCGCCGCGCUUUAUAAGCCACCCGCAUAGUAUGUCUAGAGCCGGUAGAAGCAAGUAGUUUGACCACCUCACCUCCCUCCACUCCGCAAGGCCUCUCGCCGUCCUUCUCCUUCGACAUUCUCGCUGCGCUGGCCGCCUGCCCCCCCCUCUCCGUCCGUAAGCUUUGGCCGGGGCAGAUAACAAAAUCUGAUAUCCCUGGGGCUUCGCUGCGCCGGGUCCCCUACCUUCUCACCUCACGCAAAGCAGAAGGGGGAGGAGUUUUAGGAGGUGGCAAGAGGAGCCAUCAUCGUGUCCGUCCGUGCUGCCCAUUAUUGUUUCUUCUUCCAGCGGCAAUUUCUGGCCACAGUGGCGGGCGCUAUAUUACUCACAGGUUCGUGGCCGGUCCCGGUCCGUCCGAGCAAGCAGAGCGGCGUGUCGUUCAUGGCGGAGGAGUGCCCGCCCACUGGCGGCGGCGUGGAGCUCUGGCUUCCGGACGAGUUCCUGGACGACGAUUUUUUCUCCGAGGAGGAGAAGGCGGCGGUCGCCGCCAGGAGCGAGAACGACGACGAGGAGGAAGGGGCUGACGGCCUCCCGCGCCGCAGGGCUGGGCUCGUCGUCGGCAACGCGAAGGGCCAGGGGGACGGUUCCCCUGCAAAUGCGGAGGUGUUGGCCGGCUCGCCGCAGUCGAUUCUGUGCGGCCUGCAGGACUAUGGGGAGGACAGCCCCAACGGCGCGGCGUCGAAGGUUUGCUCGCCGCCGUCGUCGCCGCUGGAGCGCCCGCCGGCGGAUCCCUGGGACGUUCUUAAAGAGGCGGCUGGCCAGGUGGCUCGCCUGCGCACAAACAGCACCCCCGUGCCAACGAACGACGCUGCCGCCAACCAAGGACUCCCCGUCACGCCGCCGGCGAAGAAGCUCUCCGCGCCGGCGGAGACUGCGAAGGCCAACCACUCCCAGCCGCCGAAUAACUCGGUGGAAGAGCGACGGAUUCAGAUUGCUCGUUUUAAUGCCCUGAAGCAGCGGCAGCUCCUCAAGCACCGGCGGGAUCGGGAGCUCGCCGUCGCCACGGCGGCGGCGUGGGGCACCAGUGUUGCUGGGUCUCAUCGUGCCGCUGCCGCCGCCGCCGGCGGGUACGGUGCGCCGGCGCCGGCGCCGGCGCCACGUGUCCUGAGCUCGUACGCGUGGCCCCCGCUACAGAAGCAGCGGCAGGCGCCGGCGUCCCCGGAGGGCGUGCGCGCCCUCUUCCUCGCCCCUCCUCCUGGCGCCACGCGCGAGUGCGCCGGCACCGGCGUGUUCAUCCCUCGCCAGGCCGGCGCCCCCGCUGAGCCCAAGAAAAGGCCAGCGUGCUCGCCUGUUCUUCUCCCGGUGCGCGUCGUGCAGGCACUCAACCUGAACGUCGUGGACCUCGGAGCCCGUCCCAUCUACCCUGGCGGUUUCGUUCUCGAUCACGUCGCAUGCUCCUGUCGUGAUCUUGCUUCGUCAGAUGCGCUGGUGAGUCGGAGCAACGCCCUGCUGGCGAGCCGUCCGUCCCAGCUCCACCAUGGCGCCUCCUCUCGCGAGGUGAAUCUCCCCCAGGAAUGGACGUAUUGAAAGCGCCGAAUCGGCACCGCUGACGAUCUCCCCUAGGUUGACGGGUCAUAUUUGAGACAAAAAUUACUGUCGCUAAUGCUAGGGAUAGGUAGGAAGGGGUAGCGUUUGCUCGCGUGGGUUAGAGCGAGAGUGUGCAUAGUUGUUUGACUAGGAAGUUGGAGGCAGCAGGGGUUGCAUCAUCUUUUGCGGUGCAGAAACGCAUCAGGCUCUCUUGCUUCUUUUGUUCCCGUUGCUUCAAGGGUAAGGAAUCUCCAUCUCCAGGACAGAAAUAGAACCAACCACAGUAGGAGUACUACCACUCCAGUUUUGGCUGCGGCUUCAUCGUUUUUUAUGAUUGUUGGAGUGCUUGGUUCGGUUCGGCGUGGUUGGAGUUGGGUGCAGGAAGAACAACAGGUGGGUUGUUUCAGUGUACUUCUUGUGAGUCUAGUUGCAUUAACUUGACGG